AUGUCCUUUCCCUGCCUCGAUGCCGUCGAGACUACCUCCGCUACACUCGAGGCCAAGUCCUCUACCUCUGGCCCCGAGCCUUCCUACACCACGGGGGCUACCCUCAAAUACCACUGUGACACCCCGAUCCUGCUGGACUGGGGAGGAACGCUGCGCGAAUUCGAUAUUGCCUACGAGACGUGGGGCACGCCCAAUCACAACAGGUCCAACGUGAUCCUGCUGCACACGGGUCUGUCUGCCUCGUCCCACGCACACUCCACCGAGCUGAACCCGCAGCCUGGAUGGUGGGAGAAGUUCAUAGGACCCGGCUGUGCUCUGGACACCGACAAGUACUUCAUAAUAUGCACCAAUGUUCUCGGUGGCUGCUACGGCUCGACCGGUCCCAGCAGCAUCGAUCCUGCUGAUGGCCAAAAUUAUGCCACACGUUUCCCCAUCCUGACUAUAGAUGACAUGGUGCGCGCCCAAUUUAGGCUGCUGGACCACCUCGGGGUCGACAAGCUGUACGCCAGUGUCGGGUCCAGCAUGGGCGGCAUGCUGUCCCUGGCGGCCGCCGUGCAGUUCCCAGACCGGGUGGGCAGGAUCGUCUCCAUCAGUGGGUGUGCCCGGAGCCACCCAUACAGUAUAGCCAUGCGCCACACCCAGAGGCAGGUUCUGAUGAUGGAUCCCAACUGGAACAGGGGUUAUUACUACGGCAAGAUUCCUCCUCACCACGGCAUGAAGCUCGCCCGCGAGAUUGCCACGGUUACCUACCGCUCCGGCCCCGAGUGGGAGCAGCGCUUCGGCAGGAGGAGGGCUGACCCGGCCAAACCCCCGGCCCUGUGUCCGGAUUUCCUCAUCGAGACGUACCUGGACCACGCCGGCGAGAAGUUCAACCUGACGUACGACGCCAACAGUCUCUUGUACGUCAGCAAGGCCAUGGACCUUUUCGACCUGGGCGGCGAGAACAGGUCGCGCACCGCAGCCCGGCGAGCGGAACGAGAGACGGAGCUCACUUCGGGUGGCGGCUCUGUUGGCUUUGAUGCCAGCUGCAGCCUAACCCUGCCGGAAGAUCCAUACGAGGAGCAGCCAGGCACCAGUGAGGGCGAGGUAGACCCGAAGCAAGCCCUGAGCGCGAAGCCACCCGCGGAUCUCGUCGCCGGCCUCGCUCCCCUGCGCGAUCACCCGACACUUGUCAUGGGCGUGGCCAGUGACAUCCUGUUCCCCGCGUGGCAGCAGCGUGAGAUUGCCGAGACGCUGAGGUAUGCUGGAAACAGGAAAGUCACGCAUGUUGAGCUCAGCGAGGAGCAGAGCAUGUUUGGUCACGACACCUUCCUGCUGGACCUGCAGAACAUUGGAGGAAACAUCAAGACCUUCCUGGGUUGA